AGGGGCUCACAGCCCCCCCCCAGAUCUCCUCAUUACACAAUCGCAGCUCUGCCAAGCUGCUCCAUAGAAUCCCUGCACCAUUCAAUAUCCCGAAUGCAGUGGGGCGCAUGCAGAUAAUCCCCGGAGGCCCUUGACAGCUCCAGAGGGGCAGAGUUCAGGCUUGGCUUCCAAGUGCAUCCCACGGUUGGAGGAGCCGGCGCUGGAACCGCUGCCAGUCGCCAUGGACCCCUACAUGCAGCCGGCAGGGAUUCUACAGCCCCAGGUCCGCCCGCAGGGGCAGGGGAUUGGUAAUGAGCCUGGAGCAUACGGAGGAACGGAUUCUGGAGCAUAUGGAGGACCUGGGCCCGGAUCAUAUGGGAUAGAUGGGCCCGGGGCCUACGGAGGAACCAAUUCUGGAUCGUAUGGAGGACCUGGGCCUGGAUCAUACGGGAUAGAUGGGCCCGGGGCCGAUGCAGGAACUGGGGCCGGAUCCUACGGAGGAACUGGAUGUGCAUCAUACGAAGCAGCCGGAACUGGGUCAUAUGAACAACCUGGGCCCGGAUCGUAUGGAAUAAAUGGCCCCGGAGCCUAUGAAGGAGCCAGGCCGGCUAUCUCAGUGGGGGGUUCCCCACCACAGUAUGGGAUGCUGGGUGCUGGCUAUGGGGUUGGCCCUGUCAGUCCGUCCGGGCACGUGCGGCCAAUCUAUAAGAACCCCAGCAUCCCCUUCGUGCCAGGUGUCCACGAUGAGGUCAGAACCGCAGGGCACAUACGGGUCCCUUAUAGGGACCCAGUGAGCUAUGCUGGGAAUGCCCGGCUGGGGCAGGGGGCAGGUGGGUUCCCGCGCCCAAAGUACAAGGAACCCAGCAUCCCCUAUGUACCGAGCCUCUCGGAGCUGCCCAACCAUGCCGGAGAGGGGGUGUCGUCCAUGCCCGGGGUCUCCAUUGACAAUGCUGUUGGAGGGGGAGCUGGAACAGGAGAUGUGUCCAUGCCAGGCUCUUCCAGUCCCACGCUGCCUGAUGGCCCUUAGUCCACAGGGCGUGAGGAGCGAGCUGGUGAGGGUUAGCAGCUAAGGCAGGAGGAGGGCAGAAAGCCUAGGUUCUGUCCCCAGCUCUGGGGGGGUAUGGUUUAGGUGUGAGAGCAAGGGAACGGGACUCAGGACUCCCGGGUUCUGUCCCCAGCUGCAGGAAAACAGUGGGGUCUAGUGGUUAGAGUGGGAGGCGGGUCAGGACCCCUGGGUUCUAUCCCCAGCUCUUGACAGGGAGUGGGGGUCUAGUCAUUGGAGCAAGAGAAUGGGGGCUUCUAUCCCAGAUCUGGGGGGAAUGGUGUCUAGUGGUUAGAGCAGGGUGGAACUGGGGAUCAGGACUCCUGGUUCUGUCCUGGUUCUAUGAGUAGGGUUGAGUGGUUAGAGUGGGAGGAGGAAUGGAGGCCAGGACUGCUAGGUUCAAUCCCAGGUCUGUGAGGGGAGUGGUGUCUAGUGGUUAGAGCAGGGUAAGAGUGGUGCUAGGAGUCUGUACUCAUGGGUUCUAUCCCCUGCUCUCCUGUCAUCUUACCACAUGCUCCUGACUGGGCCACUCCAUCGCUUUGUGCCUCAGUUUCCCUGUGUUCCAAAACCUUUUGCUCAGCGCUUAGCUGUGGAUGAGGGUAAGUGCUUAUAGUCCUCCCUGUGUAAAUUCCCCACUCCCAUAUCUCCCCCCACCCAGCCUGGAUCACUUCACCCCUCCCCGCAACCACGUCUCCUUCCCAUAUGGUCUGUGAUCUCAGGGCCUCUGUAUUGCUGGGGUGCCUAGAUAGGGGUGGGGAGGAUGGCUGUGUCUCUCUCUGCUCCUCACUUCUGGUGCUGUAAAUGAUUCCAAUAAAACCCUUGCUCUGU